UAAAGGGGACGAAGCUUGGCCGCCGCCGCUCCGUGAUCCUCUCUUGCCUCCCCGGUCUUGCGCGCACCGAGUCAGCCAUUUCUGCUCCCUCCUCUGUCAUUUAAAGCGAGCUCUCUUCCACCUGCAGCACCAUCGUCCACGUCCUCCUUCUCAGUGCCGAGCUAAAGACGAGAACACCGCCAUAAGUUCCGCGUAUUACACAUUAUGGCUAUAUACGCUGCAUCUUUUGUAUCAUUGGAAGAUGCCUUGAGCUCUCCAAACAACACACAAGUUGACUUAAUAGCAGUCGUGGCUCAUGUCGGGUUGUGGGACUGCCAGACAUUAUUUCCUAACUCGUUUAGGGAGGUUGCACUCAAAGAUAAUAGCCGAAUUGGAUUUCUUCGUGUGUUCGCAUAUGAUGCUGAAGAAAACUACCACAUGUUUUUUUCAGCCGGUACUGAGAAUUAUUUUCUCAUUCCCACUAAUGUGGUUGUCGACUCAUAUGCACGUUGUCUGACAAUGACCGCUCAUAGUUCCAUGAUUUUUGUGGGUCCAAGGGAGUAUUGUCCUAUUUUUGCAUCUCUAGAAGCUAUCAGAGACGAAAUGCGAAAUAUCGCUUGUUACAAUGAUCAAAUUAAAAUUGCACUCAAUGCUCGAGCUAAUGAGAUCAAAAGGCUCGAAUACAAUGAAUGUACAGCUAUGGCAAACAAUCAAGGUGUCAUUAGUUACGUUAAUGGUUGCAACAUUUAAGAGGUAGAUGAAGAAGUAUUUGUGAUUAAAUAUUAGUCUUUUGUUGUAUCAAGAUUCUUCAAAGCAUCUUGUUUUACAAUAAAUGAAUGUACCUACACUCUACAAUUCAUCUCUUGUAACGUAACGAUUAAAUCUA